CGGGGACGGACGCGGGAGCUGCGCGGCGGGGCCAAAGCCGGGUGUGGACUCGGUGGGGCUUGCGGAGGAGCCGCUGCGCCGCUUGCAGAUUUUUCUCCCGGCGACGCGCAUCUCUCCGGCUGGCCGCUACCUCGCCCGGCGUCCGGUCCGGACCGGGAGCGCUUUUGCUAUGCUCAGAGGAGAUCCUCCCGCCAUGCGCUGGGCGCUGCGGUGGCUGCUGCUGGCGGGGCUGCUGGGCUCGCCGCCCUGCGGAGGGGGCAUAUUAGGAGCAUCUGCUGAUCCUUCACCCACCAACGCGACUCUGCUUUCCGUCACCACCGUUUCUUCUUCCAAGAAAACAUCGGAGAACGUGACCACCUCGGCUCCCACUUCACCACUAGGGGCGCCCUUGAGCAAAGCUGCCACUCUGCCACCCUCCCCUACUUCUCCGCUUGGGGUGGACCCACCCAAGGUCCCUACAACGGCGACUUCUGUCAAAACCACCCCCCCUUCUUUGCCCACGAAGCGUGGAGGCACUACCGCCACCGCCACCGCCGUCAUCGCUGCAAGCACAACGGCCUCGCGGGCUCCGGUGUUGUCUACCACCCACACCACUUCUUCGGGGAUUGUUGUGAAAGACCUCCCCUCCACCGGCGGGACGACAACGGUGACCCUUUCUCCCUCCUCGCCUUCGUCCUCAACGCCGGUCAGGUCCACAGCGGAGAGCCCAGGGUCUCCACUCACUCCUACAAAAAUUCCUGCCGUGCCUAGAAUUGUCAGUGCUCCUACAACCGUAGCGACUGUUGCGACCGCAAAAACCGGAACAACAAGCAAAGAUAAAUUAUUGACGUCGCUCACCUCGCCCAUCACGCUGUUGACAACCACGAUGGCCAAACCUUCAGCACCUCCCAGCAGCUCCACCGUUCACUCCUCAAGUAGCGGCUUUUCCACUCGCCCAGAAUGGAAGCCGAUGCCUCCGGCUUUGACCCCGGGGACCACAAUUCCUCAGGAGUCUCAUGUCCCCUCUCCUUCCAUCCAGACGAACCUGAGUUCUGUGCAAGGCCAGACUAAGAUCGUUUGUGAGGAUAAGAUGCCCCCACAGGAGAAGGCGAUCAUCCUCACCUUAAACGAGUCACGGCCUUGUCACAGUUUGCAGGGAAGCCCACUGAAGGAGGUUCUUGUGGAGGUGCUUUGCAAAGCGUUGAAGCCCAACUUCAACCCGAAUCGGGAUGACUGCACGAUCACGCUGGCUUCGGACCCGGAGGAUCUGAAGAGAGUGGCUGUGAUCAAAACAUCUGUGCAAACACACUUCGUGGAUGAGGAAUUAUCCGAAGCUCUGGCUGCAAAGAAGACAGAACUAGAGAAGUUUGGCGUUAACAACAUCACCUAUGGUGGCCGACCCCUGGACGCUGAGCCCAAGGAUCAUUUGAGCCUUCCUCUGAUUAUCACCAUCAUCUGCAUGGCUGCCACUCUGCUUCUCGUAGCUGCCAUCUACGGCUGCUGUCACCAACGUAUUUCUCAGAGAAAGGACCAGCAGCGCCUGACAGAAGAGCUGCACACCAUCGAGAACGGCUAUCACGACAACCCCACGCUGGAGGUGAUGGAGACCUUCUCCGAAAUGCAGGAGAAGAAAGUGAACUUGAACGGGGAGCUGGGGGACAGCUGGAUCGUGCCCAUGGACAGCCUGGGCAAGGACGAGCUGGACGAAGAGGAAGACACCCAUUUAUAAGCGGUGGGGCGCGUGCGUGCGUUUUCGUUUUCUAACAAAAAGGAAAGAAGAGAGGGGAGGAGGAGCGUAGGAAAAGGUGGAACUUCACGCUGGCUGCUCUCUGCCCCCACCCCCCCCUUUUCUUCAAAUUUCUAUAAAGAUGGAAAACUCAAAAUCUUCAGCCACAAGUGCCGACGCGGGAAGGAUGAUGGGCUGUGAAUGGCAACAGACGGAUCGGGCGGGCGCCUGCCAAAUAUUUGCGAUUUAUUUUUUAUUAUUAUCAACGUUCCUUUUAAGCCCACUGGCUUCCUGAGCAAACUUUAUAUGUAUGCCUACUGAUUUUUAAGGACAGUGCCUCCUCUUUUAAGCAUGGCUGACAGAUGUCAGUAAAGGGGAAUCUGGAGAAAUAUCACAAAUUCGUCCCGGACAAGGGGACCC